ACACAGGCAGACUGCAAGGAACUUCAGAGAGGAUCUUUUCCUUCCAUGGUUAAAAUGGCUUGAAUGGCAAAGGUGCCUCAAUAUCUCCAUUCUACUUGCUUUAGAUCUAUCCAACUUGGUCUAUCUUAAUCUGUCUGGGAGUUCCUCCACAAAUUGGCGGUGUUGGAAGCAAAUUAUAAAGAAGGCCAAAAACUUGAAAGUUUUGAUCCUAAAAGAUUGUCGUUGGCUACCUAAAUCUCCAGUUUCCCAUGCUCCUGUAAACUUAGAGACUAAACCUGGAACGCUGUGCUAUAUUACCUCCGCUUGUUAUGAGGUCCAUUAGCAAGCUAAGGAAAUUAGUUUCUUUGGAUAUCAAGUCCUGCAGCUUCGUGCAAGAGUUGCCAGAAGGUAUAGGUUACUUGGAAACUCUGAAAGAGCUUUAUAUCGAUGGAACUGCCAUAAGAGCCAUCGAUAUCCCUGAGGGUUCGUAUGGGAAGCUUGAAACUCUGAGUGCUUGCAACAGUAAAAUCUUGUCUCUACCCGAUAGAAUUGGCAACUUGAAAUCUCUUUCGUACCUAGCUUUGGACGACACUGAACUCAGUGAGCUCCCUUAUUCCAUCGGCUUUCUGGAGAAUCUUCAGACACUAUCUCUCAGAAAUUGCAGGAGCCUGUGGAAACUGCCAGAUUCCAUCGGGAAACUCAAGGAGCUGCAACUCAUGGAUCUUUCGUACACGUUAGUCAAUGAACUACCUUCGUCUGUUGAGGAUUUGAGAAACUUGAAAGUAUUAAAGAUGGUUCACACUUUUCUUAGAGAAUUUCCUGGAGGCAUUAAGAAUCUAGAGAGUUUAGAAGAGAUAGAUUUCUCAGACUGCAGAAAUUUGAAAGGGGAAUGCAACAUUAUGGGAUUAUCGUCUUUGCGGGCCUUACUCAUACAAAAUACUGAUAUUUCUGAGCUGAUUGUGAUGGAUCAUCUAUACCCUAAUCUCCAAAACCUCAGACGAGAUGGCAACGUUCGCAUCUCGAAAAUUGGAACGACAAAAGAAGCACAGCAUGGGAUCAACGGAUGUGAGGCUACGACACUGCUCCAGGCUGACGGACAUCACAUUAGCAUGCAGAUGAUGAUCAGUGACCGAACCAAGGUGGCGGUCAGACAGAAGCAAGAAAGUUCCCAGGGGACGAGGCUUGGAUGA